CUUGUUAUUGUUCAUGGCGUUUUAUGACUUGUCUCUUUAUAUUAGCGAUUAUGUCGAGUUUUUUCGCGAUCCCUGCCGCGCGCUGUGUGCUGAGAGUGAAAUAAGGGCCGCGCGGUGUGUUUCCGAUUAAGACCAGUGGCCGGGCGGUGUGCCUCCGUGUUGUACGGACGCGUGAAAUCCCGCACAGUGUCGGAAAGAAAUGGGUAAACAAGAUUAGUAAUAUUGGUGUGAUUUGGGGCUGUCGGUGUACAACUGAUACACGACAUCUCAUCAUCACACACAUACACACAUUCAUAUUGGAGCAACACCCUGAGGCGUUCUGAAACUCUCUGGGUAGUUAUGUGAUUUGUGAUUGUCAUGGCGGCAGAUAGUGAUGGUGAUCUUAUUGAGACGGUGGUAACAUGCGAAGGUGAUCUUGCGGAUCCAAAGUUUCCUCAGAAGUUCGAAAUUAUUGUUGACCGUCUUAAUGCUUUGCUUUGCAAAGAAAAAGGAGAUGGGCUGAAAGUCAAUAAGGUAGAACCAUGGAAUUCUGUCAGAGUAACAUUUUCAAUACCCAGAGAAGCUGCUCUGCGACUUCGAGAGUUAGCAGCUCAGGGCUCUCCAACUCUUACACAACUUGGCAUACUUUCAGUGCAGGUCGAAGGAGAUCAGGUAAUAUCUUUGAGGAUAGCCAGUCGCUUUGGUGGAGAUGCACAAGAAAUUGUGCUGCAUUCUGGAACUACGCAAGAUGGCGGAGCAAAAUCGCAAGGCGAUGUUACUAGUAACACAGCUACGGUUGAUGCUAAUCCUUCAACAGCUUUGCCUGGUCCCAGUAAUUCCACCAGCAUUUCGUCAGCGCUACGCAAUGUUGCUCAAAUAAUAGCAGCUGGAACAUCGUCGGAGAAAGUUCCACAAUUUCGUUCUCCAAAUGUAGUUGCACCUACUGACUGUGAUCCUAUUCCACCGUUUCUUGCGAAAUCAGUCCAAUCCACGUCAACGAGCAAUGUUGGCAUUUCUGGAAACCAGCAAGUAACUAAUUCUAAUGCAUCGCCUAGGAACAACUACAAUGGUCCUUUUCCAUUUGCCAGUAUGACGCAUGCUGCCCAAGCAAUACACAAUCGCGAAUCGCAGAUUACAACAAUUAAGAAUACAAUGCAAUUCAAGCACCAUGCGCAACCGCCGCCCCCUUAUCCAUCUCAGGAAAAUUUGGCGACAGUUACGGCAUUAACGACCGGUCAUACGACUACUCAACCGGUCGUUACCGUUGGACAAUUAACGAAUCAAUUUAAGCCCACGACGAUUGCUACAACAUCUAGUCUGUCACCAAACAACAGUACUAAUUUGGCAGGGAGUUCGAAUGGUAGCGGAAAUCAGGUCGCUUUAUCCAGUCCAUUACUCGUGAAUCUUUUACAAAAUGAUGCUGGUUCACAUGCAAAUAAUGUCGUAUCUACUCAGAAGAUGUUACCACCGGCUGUUAUCGAUAAUUCUGGACUUACUAAUCGUAUGAGACCUACCAAGAAGCCUACAGUUAGAAGGAAAGAUCUCCCGUCGCCUAACGAGUCGCCUCCGAAUUUGGAUACUUUGAGAAGCGAAGACUUGAUUGGAGGGACAGCAACGACAACGACGACGAUUAUUCCUGACUUAUCCCAAACUUCUACAUCGUCGGCAUUCGCGACUGUUAACGCUAAUCAACCGUCGUCGCUUCCACCGCAACAACAUACGGUCAAUGUAAUCGGCAGUAGCACCGGACAAAAUAUGAUGCCGCCUCAAACAGUGCAUCAAGUGCCGCCCGGUGGACAGAUGCAGCAGCAAGCUACAUCGACUUUACACAAUCAAGUACAAACUCAGCAAAAGUUUCCCAACAUUAGGCAAGAAUUGGCUUACAGGAAUUCACAGAUGCAAAUGCAGAAUCAACUUUCUGUCAGGCACCCGGUAAAUGGACAACAAAUUAGAACACCUUUACAACAACGCCAACUUUUACUCCAACAACAGCAACAGCUUCUCACGCAACAACAACAAAUAAAUCAACAAAUUGUCCCACAAAUCUCGACGACGCAGCAAGCUCUUCUUCAUCAGCAAAAUAUAAACACAUCGUUGCAAACCACAUCUCUUAGCAAUCAGUCACUAUUACAACAAAAUCAACAAUUGCUACAACAUUCGACAGUAGGCUUAAGCGUUCCGCAACAACGGCUAAGUUACUUAAACAGUCAACGUCAACAAACCCCGUCAUCCUAUCCGAGGCAACCGGUCCCGCAGCAAACGCAUUUAAAUCAACAAAAUCAGGCUCUCAAUGUACAACAACAAUUGCAUCACAAUCAAGUAAAGAACAUGAAUAUUAACACUAGCGCGAGUACUGAUUUUCGUUAUGGACAGAGCCAAAAUAUCCUUAGUAGAAAUUAUCAAUCUCCCUCAACGAGCAAUGCUAAUGGGACCACAUGGAAUGCACAGAGCAAUUCUAUUCCGCAAGGUGCUCAAGUCAAUACCACACGUGUAUCAGUCUCGAAUCAGGUUUCAGGUGCCUUUCCUCAAUGUGGGUCUCAUAUAAAUAAUUCUAAUGCUAGCAUUGCUUCGUCGUCUGUUAUUAAAACGGAAACUUCCGAGUCUUCGAAACCGGAAGAAGAAGGUCCGGAGCCAGAACCGGAGUAUACUUCAACCGGGAAGAUACGACAAUUUCUAAUCAAUCCUUUAACAGGACACUUGGAACCAAUGCCCAGUGAAAGUUCAGAUUCGGAGCCGGAGAGUGCAGUAGAUAAUCAGGAUGACUUCUUCUCUUUUCCAUCUCCAUCAAACGAUAGAUCAAACUCUAUAUUUUCCGACGACGAUGCGGACAGCAAUUUUUCAAGAAGAAACGACACGACGACAAAUACGGAUCAAUCUGAUUCCGAGACAACGGCCAAGUCCACGGCCAGCGAAGGAAGUUUAAAGCAUAGCAGAAUAAAAUCUAGCAGAGAGACUGCGCAUAGUCCGAUGCCGGGAGAGAAAAUCAAACUAAGAUUGAAAUUAGAAAAAUCCGAGCCCGUUACACCGGCUUACAAAGUUGACGUUUCUUUCGUGAAUACGCCGCCCAUGCGAAAAGCUGAUAAAUCUAUGAAUAAAAUUUUCACAAGUGGUGUUCCAAAUACAGGGAACGGUGACGAACCACUCCGAGUGCCUCCGUUACACAUUUCUUUAAGAGGACGUAACGCUUUAGUAGUACAAAAAAAGAAAGAAAAGAAGUCUCUGAAGGGUGAAAGUGAGAGUGAGCUAACCAAGAGGAGAGGUAAAUUGAAGAAGAAAGAAUGUAUUGAUGGUAACAAAUUGCUGCAAAAGAAAUCACCAUUAAAUAUGAUCAUAGGCACUUCAUCUGCAUCAAAAUUACCUUUGUCCAAUUCCACAAUGAUAAACAAUGCUAAUGCCGUUUGCAAAAUGGGUAAUAUACUGCAAACUGCUAUGACUAAACCCAAUGCCUUAAAACAAGAACUACCAGUGGAUGCCGCACGACUACAAACUAGUACUAUUAUUAAGCCAUGUUCGAGUAAAAACAGCGACGUAGAUGAUAUACCGUUGAAUAGUAGAAUACCAUCUCCUUCGAAGCAUAAAUCUGCAAUUGUAAAUCAGUCUUUAAAUACUUCGCAAGUUUUAACAAAGAGUCAAAUGGAUCUUGACGCACAAAAUCACAUGCAAGAAUAUAAAAUAGGUGGAGGUAAAACAAAAAGAAGGGAUUCUAAGAAGAAAUCAGAAUCUGGAGAUGGUUUACAUCGGGAACAAAACCUCUUAUCAGGAGGCCGAAUUUUAGAUAAUCAAGUGAAAUGGAGAAAACUUGGUUAUAAGGGUGAUACAACUCAAUCAAUAAGAAAAUCAGAUUCACUUUUAACUGGGAGUGAUUUUAAUACAGUCAAGAAGGUUGGCGAAAUUCGGAGAACAAGCGAUAGUGACAUUAAUAAAUCAGCGCUUGAAAAAAGUAAUUUGCUGACUAAUGUUGCUCCCAGAUUAACAGAGCUUAAUGGCAUAAAAAAAGACUUAAUAAGUCAAGAUAAAAGAAGGCGGUUAAGUUUAAUCGAUGAAAAAGAUCUGCAUUUAGGAGAAUCUCCAAAUACAGAAAUUACACAUUUUAACAGUCAGAAGGCAGUUUCUGAAUGUUCUGCAAAUACAAUACCAAGUAUGAAAACAAAUAUCAGUCUAUCCUUUGAGAGCGAUACUGGUUUAAAAUCGACAAAUUCGGCGCAGCAGGGCGAUUCUAGAAAUACAUCUAACAAUCCUGAGAAUAAGACACCUGUGCAUACAGAGACCACGAUAAAAAAUUCUCAGCCAUCUAUGGCUAGAAUACUCUCUGUCAAAUGUAAAUCUGAUAGGGAGAAUUAUAUUGCUACUGUUAAAAAUCAAAACAUUGGUCAGCAGCUAAAAAAUCAUGUGGUUGCCAAGAGUGAAGUAAAUUCCAUUAUGAAUAGACACAAGACAGUCGAACAGUUGAGUUUUAGUCAUAAGAAGACAAUUCAAAACCAUGUUGUAAAACAACAAAUUGACAGAUCCGCGACAGAUAGCAAAAUAGAUAGUGCGUCGCAAAGGAUUAGUUUAUUGAAGACUACAGGCAAUACAGUAGUCGGUAAUUCGGUGGACCAAGUCUCUAGAUCCCAGAACAUUGAUGCACCUGCAAAUAAGCCGACCUUGCCUAUCGGUGAAAUAAAUGUGACUGAAGCAAAGGUCAAGCAAAAAUUACUUGAAAAUACAACAGUACCUAUUAUAGGUGUUGACGCGAAUAUCGAAAGAGUCGGCAGUAACGGGGGCGGUGAAGACUCGGGCAUCGAGUCGAUGGAUGCUCUUUCGGAAAAAUCACCAAAUCAAGGAGAGUCACCUUUGCAUAGGCCGGCAUCGGCAACUGAAUCAGUAACACAGAGCAGCGCCAAGAAUGUAAUACAGGGGGAACCCACCUUAUCAACCACCAAUAAGAACGUGCCUUCCUCAACUAGUAGUAGUGAUAUGUGUUCAAAUUCCCAUUCGGAACUUCUCAAGUCCAGUGGUCCGCAAAGGUUAAGUCCUGUGUCCGUAAUGAGUUAUCUUGAAAACCAGUUGAAUCGCAAUAUAUCAAACUCCAGUGAGCAUGAUACAAAGAAUGUGUCUAGUGAAAAAUCAUCGACAAUUUCAAGAACUGGACAUAGUGAUUUGAUUGCUAGUUUAGACACAGCAAGUAACGACAAAAGUGUGUCCAGUCCUUUAGUGACAGGAACAAUGACUGUUGUAACAGCAUCCAUAACCAGCAGUAUGAAUAGUGAUAAUAACUUAUUACAAUGUGCGCACCAAGCAAAGGAUUUCUCCGAUAAAGAUAAUUCUAGUGUUAAAUUAGAGAGUACUGUUAACCAAAAUGAUCAGGGUAAGACAAACUCUACGCAUGAAGAAUUGAGAACUGUGGAAAGCGUAUCUGAAGACAGUACGAAAGCGAUUGUAGAAAGUAACAGUGCAAUUAGAUUAAGUGAUGAACCUCACGGACAGAAUAAUAAUAAUAAUAAUACUAAUAAUAAUAACAAUAAUAAUAAUAAUAAUAAUAAUGGUGUGCCUAUAAUACAAAAUCACGUUGCUUAUAGUAAAAUUGACACGAUAAAACUCGAUAGUGUGCUCGCGAACAAUACUAACACGUCGACGGAUAAUUCUUGCUCGAAUAGUGAGAGUUGCAAUCUAGAAAUCAAAGUCGAAUCUAAAAUUAACGUAAAAGUAGAUGAUACCAGGCAAACCGAUCGGUUCGAGGUUUCAAAAAAUGGUAACAUUUCACUGAAUACAAAGUCCGUCAAGUUAGAAACGUGCACCGAACAAAAUCAGAAAUGUAAUGUACAAAGUCAUCAGAGUCAGAUCAUGCUCAGAGAGCCUUCUGUAAAUCUUCAAAAAGUGACGGACGAUUUAGUUAAAAAGAUGGUUAAUGAUUCGAGUGAUCUGAGCGUAAGUGGUAUUCAGUCGCCUCUCGGUGAAGAUCCGCAGCCUAUCAGAAUUACACCACCAUUGUACACCUACUCCAAUCCUGUGGUUCUACAACGGGACGAAACUCCGAGCCCGGCAGCUCAGAAUCCUGAAGUAGAUUCAAGCGAAGUAGAACAUCUCAAGCGUAAACGCAGGAGGAAGCAAGAACUCGAAGGACGACAGGAUAUUAUAUGUAUAGAGGAUAACGAUGAAGGACAUUUUGUGGAGAGGCUAAACAAUUCGGAGGAGUAUAUCAAAAGACCACCCAAAUCGUUGCUGGAACAGCUUCUAAUAGAUAUUCCGAACGAUAACAAUGAGAAGAGGUCAUUGAGAACUAGGUCGCAAAAGUUGAACAGCCCGGAUAUCGCGAAAACUCCGAAAAGCAGCCCCCACGGUCCUAAUAAAUUAGAGGAACGCCGUAGUAUAUCACCCUACGCGAAAGCAAGUCCAAAACUAACGGUAUCGAAAUUGUCUCCUAAUGCGACAAUAAAAAUAGGGAAACGGAAAAGACAAGAGAGCGAGAGUUCCGUUGCAUCGAGUACAGCUGAAGAUCCACAGCCAAGACCAGGUAAACGGAAAUGCUCAGAGAAUGCGGCAGAACUUAUUAAAGCUUGCAUGGGUGUAGAAGAGGCUGGUUCUAUAAAGAAACAAGUGCCUGGCAAGGAAGAGCAAUCAAAGAAGGGGUUCAACAUAUUGGCAAAAGCUAAGAAAGGUCCCAUUGUGGUAGAAGUAGAUUCGUCUGAUGAUGAACCAUUGAUUGAAUCUGUAGGAAAAGCAAGAGUUCGAUUGUCAGAUGAAACAUCCGCUGCUUCCUCAAAGCCUAAAGAUCAAAAAAUGCAAAGAGAGAGCCGUUUGUUAACUACCAAGCAGCCGAGUACGGCUAUGGCUACAACGACGGCAACAACGACGACAAUGAUUACGGUGACUACGAUGACAACAACAACGACGACAACGAUGACGACUAUAACGACGACGACGACGUCGAUGACGGCUGCGGUGGCGGCGACGAUGGCAGUUACUGUCGGGAAGGAGAGAUUACGAGGCACUUCUGUAUCUAGCAACGAAUCUGUGGGCGAAGUAAUGACAAGAAGAUCUGUACGGCAGAAUACAGCUUCACCGCUAGCUACUCCAGCAAGCAAUACUAGAGGUGCGUCCAGAACUUCGGACGAUAUUAACAGAAGGAAAACUCGUAGUGGUGCUGCGGGCAAACAUUGUUUUAGUAACAGCGGAGACGGCGGAGCAGGCGAAACGGAGACGAAUAUCCCGAGAAAACAAAUGACCUUCGGGAAGUGACCUUGACAGUGAUUAGCUACCGUCGCUCGUCAAGGCCUAUCAUCUGUCUGAUUGUAAAUCCGACAUAAACGGGUAUUUGAUCGCCGUGUGGCUGAAUUCCACCUGGUGAAACUGUAUGCGUCACAUUAGCGCACAACGUUGCUGUAUAUGUAUCGGGAGUAUUGUGUCAAAAAAGAAAUGCUAGACGGUGUGUGAAAGCAUUUUGUGCUAUAAAAGAUUUGUUGGCUGCUACUAAGUUAGUCAUACAAGAAAGAUAGUACCUUCCAAUUUUUUUCUUGCUCGUUCUUUACGUUUUUCUUUCCUUUUUCUUUUCGUCUUUUUCUUUUCUCUAAAGCAUAGAUCAUAAGAAUUAUAUUGUUGUAACAUUUAAAGAGAGUUUUGUAUAUUUAAUAAGUCAUUAAUUAUUAAUUGUUAUGUUCUUAAAUGUUUAAGAAUAGCGAACAAAAUAAAAGCAAUUUACUUUUAUUCUUUUCUUUCACCGUCUAGCGUUUUCAUUUAUGUUGUACUCCUAUAAACAGCAAAGUUUAGUUACUCAGAUUUGACUUGCUCACAAUGCAUUAUAUACUAUAAUCUAAGUAACUGAACUAACUCAAAACUGCCGAGACAUUGUAUGUAACUUUCUUUUACCAGUUAGAUGUUUCAUUCUAGCCUCAAGAACUAAAUUUCAUUCUUUGAUGUGCAAUUUUCUAACGUUAUCGUCUGUUAGAUGUAAAAAACUUCAAGUUAGCUUUAGAAAGAUUUAAGAAAAUUCAAACUCGAACUAUUUAUGUUUCGGGUAUCAUCUUCUCUCAUAAUUUCUUUCGUUCAUUGUAUCACUAUAAAAUAGAAGCGGUAAAAGAAAGUCCAAAUUUUUCAAGUGUCAAAAACGUGAAUUUGACUGUACUGCCGUAAGUAAAAUACAUAUUUAUAAAUAUGUGGAUAAAUUUAUGGGGAUUAUAGAUUGCUAUUCUGACGAUUUUGCUGAUAGACUUUGUUUAAGUAUGUCUAAUUUGUGUAUACAUAUUUAUUUAUUGUGUGUCAUCUAUCUGUUCUAAAAGUUUUUUGUAUAUGCAUGUGUAAGAGAGCACAUAUAUAUAAAGUAACAGUAUCAUACGAAUUUUUCACACGAAUUAGUUUUUGCUAUAAGUUCAAGAUACAAAGUAAUAACAUUUUUUGUACUUACCUAUCCAAAAGAUAAAAACGUUUUUUGAGUUGUUGAUUUGGUAUUUAGAUAAUUAAAUACCUAUAUAUAAUAUCACAUGAUUAUAUUUUGGAUAUAUUGAGAAUUGUUACAUUUUGAAUAUUGAGAAUAAUAAAUUUACACAUUGAUGUAAUAAUAUUGAUAAAUGUGAAAGGUAAUAUUUACAUUUGUAGUUAUAGAAACGUGUAUAUUUUUUUUAAUCAACAACUUAGCAAUUAAGUUUGUAAUUACAUUAUUGUAAGUUUUCAUUUUUCAAACUCGUCAAACAGGUCUUUCAGUAAAAAGUUCGUCUUGAGUUACAGGGUGUUUGGAGAUUAAUGGGGACAAAACUCGUGUGCAGAUAGAGCGGACCAAACUGAGUCAAAAAGUCCUUUAUCAUUUUUUUUUUUGUAUAACGCUUAAUAAGAGAAUUAUUAUUGAAUAAAGUCUGGUCAAUCAUCGCCGAUUUUUAGCCGGGCGCACAUCGGUGAGCCGCAUGUAACAGUUAAGCGCUCACGCACAUUAUCAGGCGCGCGGCUCAUCAAUGUGCGUCCGGCUAAAGAUCAACGAUGAUUGGCCAGACUUUACUCAAUAAUAAUUCUUUUAUUAAGCGUUAUACAAAAAAAAAUGAUAAAGGACUUUUCAACUCAGUUUGGUCCACUCUAUCUGCACAUGAGUUUUGUCCCUAUUAAUCUGGGACACCCUGUAUAAUAUUCAGAAAUGGGGAUAUAGAACUUUUAAAAAGGAUUUAUUUUAUUUAUGAAAUAUGAACAUACACACAGUGAACGUUGGAAGAUAUGCAUAAAUAUGCGAAGAUGAUAAGAAUAAUUAUUAUAAGAAAACUUAUUAACACAAUGUUAAUUUGAUAUAGGUAAUAUAUGAAUGAAUAUAUUUUGUAAAUAAUUUCUUGUAAAGAUGGACAAAGCACAUCCCUUUCUCCCUAUUGUGUAUAUAUAAAAACUGUUUAAAUUUUUAUUAAAUUAGUAAUAAUUGAAGUAUAUAUAACGUGCAAAAAUAAAAAUCGUAAUUGUCAUUAUUAUUAUAAUUAUUCUCUCGCGUUCAUGUAAUUAAAAUAUACUUAUUCUUCUUAUACAAAUUUAGAACUACAUUGAAUUAUAUGUGCAUACGUAUACAUAAGAUCUAUGUAUGUGAUUUAUAUCGAUUAUUGUUUUUGUGAACAGAUAAUCUAGUUUUAUAUUGUAUAAAUAUAACUUACACACACAUAUAUAUAUAUAUAUAUAUAUAUAUAUAUAUAUAGAUAUAGAGAGAGAGAAAGAAAAAGCUAGAGUGUGUGUGUGUGUGAUUGUGUGUAUUAUGUGUGUGCUGUUGAGAAUUCUAGCUGAGCCUGAGUAGUCAUCAUCGUGUAGCACUGUCCAAAUGUUUUAUAAAUCUAUUAUGGAGAUAAUUAACAUUUCUCUUUUCAAGCAGCAGAAAUUUAGAAUAUUGUUUAGUAAAUAAUACUUUAUUCAUUAUAAAUAUUAAUAAUUAAUUAAUUUUAAUUAUUUAUCUUAAUUAAUUAUAUAAUAUUAAUUAUUAUGUUCCUCUCUUUAAAUAUCUCUUAAUUUUCUCCAAACUUUGGAAUAUCUGUGUUAAAUAUUCUAUAAACAGUUUUCGUGAAAGCUUUAAGUACAUUCAGAUAAAUAUUCUAAAUAUAUUCUAUUUAGAAUAUUCUCAUCUGUGUGAUUAUGAUUAUAAAUUAUAUCAUUGUCAAUAUAUGUAUGUUAAAAAUUGUGGAUCAAAAGUUACAUGACUCAAUUUUAUCAUGAUCAUUUUUGAAUAUAUAUGAUUUUGUAUAAAAAAAAAUAUGCGAUUUUUUAUCACAGACCAAGUAAAUAUUUAUUAUAUGAUAAAGAAAGAUUAUUGCGCGCUACAAUUGUUACAAGCAUAGAAUGUACAAAGUAUGAUAAGUACAGUGCUCAAUUAUAUAGUAUGCAUAUAAAUUUUCUGAUCAAUACUUUUCUCCCAAAGGUUCGAUGGCUACCAGGCGGCACUUUAAUAGAAAAAUGCUUCUCUCACGCUCGUAAUAAAUACCGAAUUUAAUGAUAUUUCAAAUAGGAGAGAAUUUCAUCGAUCUAUACCCAACAAAUUAAGAGACAGACUGCUUCUUGGGUUAUAGUUUCGUUGAAUUUAUGUCCUACUUUCAAUAUUGAUUUAAGUUAUUUAAUUAGAAUAUUGCUUGUUUAUCAGAAUUUAUUUCUAUUAGACAUUGCUGGAUCUAUAUAUUGUAUAUAAUAGUAUACUUAUUUUACUCGGAUGAGAAAUUACAACCUGAUUGUACAUAAAACUACGAAGAAAUUGGUAUACACGACUUGCGGGUUUGAUUUAAUUCGUAUCCUAUAACAUAAAUAGGAUCGAGUGUAAUAUAUAGUAAUUUAAUAUUGCAGAAUAUACAAGAAUAAUUGAAAAAUAUUGUAAUUUUGAUGUGUAAAAUAUUCUCUUUCACAUUAGAUAGAUAUGCUAGGCAUUAUUAUGUUACAAUUUUAUCAUUGAAUAUUACAUUUAUAUGAUUGUAUAGACUAUAAACAAAGAUGAGAUCUUUGUGUAAAUAUGAAUAUCUUAAGGAUAAGCGAAUAUUUAGCGCGCUCGCAUAAUUAAGGAGCUUUUAAAGUAUCUCUGCUGUGUAAUCACAUGUGUGUGUCUCUGUAUGUGUGUGUGUAAUGCAUGCAUAUAUAUAUAUAUAUAUAUAUAUAUAUAUAUAUAUAUAUAUAUAUAUGCGCGUGUAAGAGCAAUUAAUAAUGCGCCAAAGAUCAGAUGUCGGAUAGCUGUUGGCACUCAACACAGUUGAAGAAGUGGUGUAGGUAUGAAAAGCUCAAUAAAUAAUUGGUAUUGAUAUUGUGGUCCUCUCGUAAAAGAUGUAAAGUGUAAUACUACUAUCUCCGCGCAAUCUACGAGAAUUAUACCGAUAAUAAAUGAUCACACUUUA